CUGUGUUGUUAUUCGGUAUAGAAGCGAAAUAAAGCGACAGUCGUGAGGCGACGGGAGGUUUGUGUCUAUAAUCUGAUCAAGGUGUGAGAGGUGCUUCUGAUAUCACACUGCGGAUACACAGCCAGGAUGUUGCGUCUGGGAUGCUCGACUGCGCUGCUCUUCGGGCUCAGGCUGGUCCUGGGUUUGCCCUGGUUACAGGCCCUUCCUGCCGCCUUCAUCUUUUUCCUGGGCACAGGGGGGUGGAACUCCCUGCGUGUGUUCGCGAGGACUAUCGGCCGUGAUUUACAUGCAGCUGUUGUGCUCCUAAAAGUAAAACUCAACGUGAAGCGACACUUACGCGAGCGUAACACCGUGCCUAGAAUCUUCGCCGAGACGGUGCAGAAGUACGGUGAUAAAACGGCACUAAUCUUUGAAGGCACCGGCGAGAGGUGGAGCUUUAAGCAGCUGGACGAGUAUUCGAACCGCGUGGCCAACCUGCUGUGGGAGCGAGGCUUCAGGGAGGGCGAUGUGGUGGCCCUGUUCAUGGAGAACCGCUCGCAGUACGUGGGGCUGUGGCUGGGCAUGGCUAAGAUCGGUGUGGAGGCGGCUCUCAUCAACUUUAACCUGCGCCUAGAUGCCCUGGUGCACUGUGUUAACAUCUCCAACGCCAAAGCCGUCGUGUUCGGGAGUGAGCUGACGGAGGCAAUGUGUGAGAUACACAGCUCUAUGGGGAAGACAGUGAAGCUCUUCUGUUCAGGUGACUGGGAUCCUAAACGUGUACCCAAUGGAACCGAGUGCCUAGAGCCACUUCUAGAUGCUGCGCCCACUUACAAGCCCAGACCACCUCAGCGCGGCUUUACUGAUCGUCUAUUUUAUAUUUACACAUCUGGAACUACCGGCAUGCCGAAAGCUGCCAUUGUUGUGCACAGCAGGUACUACCGUAUGGCUGCUCUUGUGUACUACGGUUUCAGGAUGAGGUCAGAGGACGUGCUGUACGACUGUCUUCCACUUUACCACUCGGCAGGCAACAUUGUGGGAGUUGGACAAUGUCUGAUUCAUGGCAUGACGGUCGUCAUCAAGAAGAAGUUUUCAGCAUCCAAAUUUUGGGAAGACUGUAUCAAAUACAACUGCACGAUUGUGCAGUACAUCGGUGAGAUCUGUCGGUACCUGCUGAACCAGCCGGUGCGGGCUGUUGAGAAGCAGCACCAGGUUCGCAUGGCACUAGGCAAUGGCCUGCGUCAGUCCAUCUGGGUGGAGUUCAUGCAGCGCUUUAACAUUCCUCAGAUCGCUGAAUUCUAUGGAGCCACCGAGUGUAACUGCAGCCUGGGCAACUUCGACAACAAGAUUGGUGCAUGUGGCUUUAACAGUCGAAUCCUGCCCUUCGUUUACCCCAUCCGGCUGGUCAGAGUGAAUGAGGAGACCAUGGAGCUCAUCAGAGGACCCGAUGGAGUGUGCAUACCAUGUGGUCCAGGUGAGCCCGGGCAGCUGGUCGGCCGGAUUAUUCAGAACGACCCCCUAAGGCGCUUCGACGGCUAUGUCAGCGAGACAGCCACCAGUAAAAAGAUUGCCCAAGAUGUCUUCAAAAAAGGAGAUUGUGCCUACCUGUCAGGAGAUGUGCUGGUGAUGGAUGAGAAUGGCCAUAUGUUUUUCAGGGACCGUACAGGAGACACUUUCCGCUGGAAGGGGGAGAACGUCUCGACCACCGAGGUGGAGGGCACGCUGAGCCGCCUGCUGGACAUGAAGGACGUGGUGGUGUAUGGUGUUGAGGUGCCAGGCGCAGAAGGGAAGGCUGGCAUGGCAGCCAUCGCGGACCCAGACCACACUACCAAUCUGGAGAAGUUCAGCAGGGAGCUGGAUAAGGCGCUGCCCCCUUAUGCCCGACCCGUGUUCCUGCGCUUUCUGCCUGAGGUUAACAAGACAGGAACUUUCAAGUUCCAGAAGACGGAGCUGCGUUGCGAGGGCUUCGACCCGAAUGUGGUGUCAGAUAAGCUCUACUUUCUGGACUGCACUAAGGGGUGCUAUGUACAGCUAAAUGCAGAAUUGCACCGUAGCAUUGUCUCGGGAAAACAAAAACUGUGAGAGACUAAUGCUAUAGGCUUCACCCAGUUUCUCAUCGAAACCCCCCAGUAACGUUCAACACCAGCCCCUCGUUACCUCAGCGACCAUUGUGAGGGGCAGUACGAGCACGUUUAUGUUACCCACCUGGUUUAUCCAUUCACAAACAGCAAGGGGCAUCGGACAUCUGAGUACAAUUAUUUAAGACGUUAAGAGUAAAGGGAAUUAAAAAUGCUAGAAAAUCAAGUUAAGGCACAAGGUGUAAGAACAUCUGUCAAACAGUGAAGCUGGUCCUCCGCCUAAUCUGCACAAUACCAGUUGGUCUAAAGAAGACGAUAUUGUAUGAAAUCAAAAUCAAGGGUGGUCUUGAACAUACCCUGGAGUUCUACCUUUGUUUAGAAGGAAAAUCCAAAUCUACAGGGAUAAAUGUGCAAUAUCAGUCCAGCCCUGCAGAGCAACAGACAGGCAUAUAAAGACUCGGUCAAUGCUAUUUAUUAAAAUCUAAACCUGCACCAAAAAUAUUUAUGCUAAGGAAUAUCUAUGAAUUGUUAAGCAUCAAAAAUGCUGUCAGAUUGCCUCAGCUGGGCCUGGCUAAUUCUUUUGACCUGUAGAUGGCAACCUUCUUGAUUCUCUCUUGUAUUGUUUCCUAUGUGUAACCGAUUGUCAGCGUACGGACCGACACAUGGACACGGUAUAUGGUAGCACUGUGCAGAUUGGGCUCGAAGAGUUGUUUUUUCUUUCAUUUGACAUGCUUUGAGGCGCACCAAAUUUCUGCCAGAUCUUUUUGGCUCGCUUUGCAUGGAGACUCAAGAGGAUCGCAGAGCUUUAGCGCUGGAAAAGUUCCACAUCAUUGCAGCACAUCUUCAUGACACAAAUUUCAGACUCGAAGAAAGAAACACGCAAGAAGAAGAGCAGGAACGGGAUGACACUUCACCGCUCUGUUAUUUUGGGUUCCUAGUGCAGCAGCAUGAAAGAACUGAACAGACGGAGCACUGUGCCUUACCGUGAGCUCAGCACUGGGUCUUACAGGCCCUGUCCAAAUUCAAAUCCCUUUUAAUCUUGUAGUCUGACUUUCUAUUCUCUGUUGCACCCUUUCUUAAGCUCCCUCAGCUUUCAUCCACCCUGUCAUACAGUAAUAUUUAGCUGCAGCUUCACAGACUUCAAAUAUCAAGCUCUAGGCUGGGCAAAAAAGCCCCUAAUUGUCCAUUAGACCCACCUACAGCAUCAGCCAUUGUUAGAUGGCAUUACCUGACUGUCCACUAACUAUGUGGAUAUCUUGGCUAAGAAACUUUAAAACACCAAAUUGUAUUAACAAGUUUACAAGCAGUGUUGUAAUUCAUGUAAUUACAGCCACUUUUAAUGAAAUAUAUUUACUUUAACAUUCACAUUUCCAAAGCACUGCAACAUUCCAGCAUUUACACACAACUCUGGCCACCCUGAGACCCGGGGCCCAGCGUAGAGCUUUUUCCUGUCAAGUUGCAGCUACAUGUUAAUUCUCUGAUAUCCAAAAUCCGCAUCAAAACCUGAAAUCACAACAGUCUGUUGUUCUGUAGAGACCGAAGCAGUGUAACGAGUUCCACUUUUAUCCUGAAUGACGACAUGUUAAUUUAUUUCUAGCGAUGUGUGUGUGUGCACGUUUUUGUGAGUCUGUAUGACGACGUGGUAGUCUGAGUCACUGUUUAGUUCACUGCCAGCACCCCUGUUUAACACAUACAAAGGGAAACAAAUGACCAUGCUAAUUUUAAUGCUAACUGAGCAGGAGGUUGAACUUGAUGCUGCUUUUCACACUUUGAUUCCGUUAGCAGUGGUAUUGAUUAACGUUAUUGGGUAUGUUCAAAAAGUGCAGCUAUGGGUUCUAGUGUUCUUUUGGUAGGUUUUUUGGGUAAUUUUAUUUAUUUUUGAACUGUGAUUUGUUUUGAAUAGUAAUAUGUUGAUCUUUAUUUCUCUUCCAUCCAACAAUCAGUUUUUUUCCAUACUCCAGCGUGUGUACGUGUGCUUGCACAUGUUUGUUUGGCAGUCCUAUGAAAGCAAGGAAACUUUGCUGAGGUUUGUCCUGUCUAAAUGUCCCAGUUCCAGAGGCUUCUGUUAAUUCAAGUGCAGACACACACUUGCAGGCAAUAAUUCAUGCACAACACCAAUCCUAUAUUCAUCAGAUUAGAAUUCAUACAACAUUUUGGUGAUAUUGAUAAAGUUAUGAACAUUAUUCAGUUUGAUCGGACUAGUGACCCAUAAUCAAUGUCUUCUGAGGAUCUUAUUUUGGAACAGUUUAAAGAUAGUAAAAUGGACUAUUUUACUAAUGCAUUUCUAAGUAAAUUCUUUUAAAUAAAAAUGCUACUGGUACAUUAUUUGUGUUAGAAAUACAGUAAAAUUUUAUAAUUUGAUUAAAAAUCCCUGAAACAUCCUAAGUUCAGACUUUAAGUCAUGAACACAGCACAAUAGGCAAUACUUUAAUGUAUACUGACUUGCUACUCAAAACACAACAAAGGUUGUGCAGUUUGACUGAAACUGCAAAAAUGCUGUUUUCCCCAUGUGUUACAAUACCCAAAAGUUGUUUACCGCAGCUUUAAAUGUUUAAAAAGCCUUAAUUUGACUGUAUAUGAAAUGUGGUAAAAGAUAAGUGUGUUUUUGUGGUAUGAAAGUUGUUUUUAAAGAUGGAACAUUUUAAUAUUAUUGCAUGAACACAAAACAAUUCCAACUGCAAGUCUAAUGCUUUUAGGGUGUGUGUGUGAAUCAAGUGUGUGUCUGCUCUUUAUAUAUAACAGUAUUUCCCAGCUAUUAAGUCCAAAAUGGGCAUUUUGUUGUCGCUCAAUCGCAGCUCUGAACAUCUUAACUCAGGUGAGAGUAUAAACAAGGGCUGGAAAAAACCCUGGUGGUUUGUGGGAAAUACUGCUGUAUUGUACAUGUGGGCCAGUGAAGGGUAGGAAAAACAUGAUGAAGCUUUUUUUUAUGUCCUGCAGAGGGUAGUGUGUGUGUGUGUGUGUGUGUGUGUGCGCCCUCGACCAAACUCUAGUAGUACGCUUUAUUCCAUAAACACUGUUCUUAACUUAUGACUGAUGUUUAAGAAUGUGCUUAAUGUUUGAAUUUUAAGUUGAUUGUUUUUAGCUUUGAUGUGUAUUUGUUUUUAUAGCUUUUUCAAUAUACAAGCCAUGAAGGACCAAGCAGGGGCUGAAAGUCAUGAGCUAAUUUGAAGGUUCAAGAUAAUUGAAAUGAAUUCAGUGUAGUUUUAAAUAAACGUGACUUUAACGUUUACAUAUUC